AUGAACGUGGAUCCAAACGAAAGCGAUGGAGAAGAAAACGCCGUCUCGGGCACGCGUCGAGUUCCCGAGCAUAAGCUCUCUUGUGACCAAUGUAGACAACGAAAGAUCAAAUGCGACCGUGGAGACCCUUGUGGACCGUGUCAACGAAAGAAUAUUCGUUGUUCGUUCCCCACUGGCUUCAAGCCUCGAGCAAAACGUCAGCAGGUCCUAGUAUCUGAUGGCUAUGAGUCCAAAUUGGAUGCCAUUUCGCGAAAGCUUGAUCGCAUAAGCCUCGCUGUCGACAACAUCAGUUCUUCUUCUCAGCAGCUGCAAGGAGGCUCGUCAGCUGCUCAUACUGCUAUUAGUUCACAGGUUACCCCAAUAUCCCAUGCGAGCUCCCCGUCGUGUAAUGUCAGGACAGGCCCGGAGAAAGGCUCGGAGUUCGAGGGCGAUGUCACCUUGACGACACAGGCUACAUUUGCGACGGACUUCUUGCAACAAGUCGUUGACAGCAACCAGCCAUCGCAAACGCUUCCUGAGAUAAAGAGUCACUUAGACGCACUGCGGAAGAUCUUGGCGGGCAAAGAAGUUACGGCUGACGAGACGCGUCUUGUUGAUACGCAACGGAUAUUGUCACCUCAAGAACAUGGAGGGUUUCAGCUCCCUCCCGUCAACCUGGCCAUGAUGGCUGUACAGAGACUGAGAGAGUCUUCCAGGUUGCAGCUAUUCUGGCGUGCAGAGUUUCACAGCAUCAGUCAAUUUGUCGAGUAUCUUAUGACAGUUUACUUUGGCAAGCCUACCCUUGCUGAUCUCAUCGUUACGCAUGUUGGCUUGGAAGUCCCUUCGAAGAGCAUGCCACUAACAGAAGUCCAGUCAUCCUAUCAUCUCGAGAAUUGCCGGAUUUCUAUGUCCUGGAAUAGUCUUGCUGCAGCAGUACAGAUGUGCCAGACACUAGGUUUCACCCGGGAAAAUCUCCCAAAGCCAGAGUCGAGAGAAGCAAAGCAACGACGGGCUAAACUGAUCUUCUACAUCCAUCUUUGCGACAAGAUGCUCGCUUUGAGACUGAGUCGGCCAGUCUUGAUCCGAGAUGGAGAAAUCACUAUUGACUUUGAGGCUUUUGAAGCGGAUAGGGGAGACGGACCUACUCCGGUCAUUGAGAAAUGGGCAAGGUUUUGCAACCUUCAAGGAAGAAUCUAUGAUAUACUCUACAGUCCGGGUUCUUUGCUUCAGCAGGAUAUUCAGAGAGAGACGAAUGCGAGGAGACUUGCGGCUGAGAUGGAGCAGUUGUUCCAAACAAAGAGUCUGGCAGAAGAACACUUAUUUGAGUCAAUUGUGGCGAGUAUCGGCGAAAAACAGAGCGAGGUCUUCCGCAGGACCGAUAGGGUAGCAUACUAUUCCAUGCGCUGUCUGGUGUUCAGAGCAGUGAAGCCUGCGUCUUUGACAUCCUCAGCCUUUUGCGAUGGAUGUCUCGAAGCAGCAAAGAAUGGCCUUGAGCAACACAGGAUUUGUUUGUCUAUGCUCAAGAACGUCGAAACCAUCGUCUUUGAGUUUUACAUGCAUUGGGGCCUCAUGGCGGUACCUCUGGUGCCAUUCAUGGUCUUGUUUUGUCAUGCCAUCGAAACUUGCGACCCGACUCACUUGGAGCCGCUCGCAGCCGUGGUUGAAACAGUCGACAUGAUACCCCCAGAUCUUCCAAACGUAUACAGAAAACAGCUUCAUUUGUUCAAGCUUAUGUAUGAAGUCGCGUGCAAGUAUGUGGGAUCGAGGACUAAUAACCCUCCGGUCCAGGUAUCAGGGCGUAUACCUGAUACACCAUUUGAGAUGUUGUUUUUCGAGGCGGGGGUUCCUGUGCCCAGUCACCUGAACAUGCAGGGCUUUAGCGAUGGCACACAGCUUGCAAAUGAGAUUAAUUAUGGGGGAUUAUCAACAGGACAAGCGGGGAAUAUUGUGGAGGGUAGCUUUGACCAUAACAUGGAGCUGGGGAACUGGUUUGAGCAAAACCAAGAGAUAUUCAUGAUGCUGGACAACAACCAAUCAUAG